AUGGAGGCGGUGGUGGAGCGCUGGGCGACAGGCGUUCGUAUGGCUCGUUCUACGGCCAACGUCCAGCGCUGUCACGCUUGGAUACAAGAGGCUUUGCUGAAGGGUGACAGCCAUUCAUUGAGCGAGGUCAAGACGCGCCUGGUUGCCACUCGUCAACUCAACCUGACGACGCCCCUCGUCGAGAACCCCAUACCGGCCUUUGUCGAGGGGAUCCGUGUCGCCGCCCUCGUCAAAGCGCGAGACAGCUUCGCCAACCUCAAUUUGAGGAAGACCGUCGAGAUGGGGGCGGGGACGAAGCGAAAGCGAGACGAGGAGAUGCACCAGAAGGAGAGCGACGCUGAAAUUGCUUAUAUCAUAGACGUGGCGACGUCUGCUGAAAAGUUGGACGGCGACCCGGACAACGCUCGCGUCGCGGAUUACCGCAAGAGAGUUCGCCUCGUUACCCCGCCGCCGCGCGUGCGUGCUCCGAAGGAGCUGCAGAUUAGCCCCACUGCGUCGGAUAAGGCGUACGAGGACAAGCACGUCGUAGAGGACGACGGCGCCAACGACGAGUACGUGCCCCCUCGAAGUAUCUCUCGUCGUGGCAGGGGUUCGCGUUCGCGUUCGCGUACUUGA